AGGUGUCUGCAUCUUCGACUUGUUUCAUGUUGUAAUUGGUGUAUUUUCGUUUAUUGGCAACAAUAAUGGUCAGCACAACAUUGACGACAUUGGCUGCUGGACAAACAACUAGUAGCAAUAACCAUCAUCACCAUCAUCAUAACCAUCAGCAGCAGCAGCACCUCCAACUCCAGCAACAUCAUCACAAUCAUCACCACAACAAUCACCACCCACAUCAUCACCAGCAGCAGCAACAACAGCAGCAGCAGCAGCAACCGACAGGCGUUGCUGGAACAAAUAGUGUGCAAACAGCAGCAGCAGGACCAAUUAACACUGGUGGUGGAGGAGGAGGAGGAGGAGGAGGUGGAACGGGUUCGUUAACAGGAACUGACGGAGUAGCAAGCAACUUUUACUCUCUCAACGGACACGAACACGAUUGUGACAGCAAUAAUUCCCAUAGCUAUUCACUGCAACAGCAGCAGCAGCAGCAGCCUUUGAACUUAUCGCAGGCAUUGCUAUCGCCUUCUCCGCCGCUCAACGAUCAGAUUAGUUUGCUAUUUCCAAAGUGCCGGCCCAAGACACAGCAGCAGCAGCAACAGCAACAACAGCAGCAGCAACAACAGCAGCAGCAACUACAGCAGCAGCAUCAGCAGCCAAUCGAUGUGAAUCUUAACUCUUCAGCAAUCACACCGGAGCCCACUGUUGGGUCAAAUUCCCCCUUGGUCACGCCAACUGGCACGCCCAGCUAUUAUAAAAGUGUUAAUAUUAUAACACAAUCGCCACCGCCGCAUUCAGCCUCAUCGCAUUCCUCAGAAUCGUUGUCUUCGGUAACGCCACGCAUCUCAACAAAUCCAUUCCUGUGUGCCCCACUGACACCGCCGACAAUUGUCGAUCUGGAGGCAGAGGAGACAUCGUCAACGGACGUCAACAUUGGAAUUGUAAGCGAAACACAAUUGGAGGCAGAGGCUGUACCAGCGGCUGGAUAUCCUGCUUCAUUUUACUAUCACACAGGAGGCGAGAGUCGUCUUGGCUACGGCGGCGAUAUGCCACGCAAACGGAGCAACAUUAUGACAUUGGCCAGCAGUAACAAUCGACUGCUUAAUGGCAAUGGGACGGCAAGUGCCAGCAAUGGUACUGGCAAUCCAACACAAAGUCUUAACCAGAAUCCCUUUAUCAAGGAGUCAACCUACUGGGAACCAUCGACAACACGGGCCAGUUCCUUGCUGCACUCGCCCACAGAAUAUAGCGAAGAUCAACAGCAGCAGCAACAGCAACAGCAGCAGCAACAGCAUCAAGAUCAGCAGCAGCAGCAACAUUUGCAUGCCUCGUCUAGGCGAGCAUAUCAUCAGCAAAGAGAGCAAGUGCCUCAGCCGCAAUUAUAUAGCCAUCUAAGUCAAUUGCAGGGUCAACUGGGUCAGCAACGUCAGCAAAGCAGCCAACAGCAGCAGCAGCAGCAGCAACAUCCAUCGGGUCCAUCGCAUAUUUUACGCGUUGGUCGUAGUCCAAUCAAUCGCAACUGUACACCGCAACAACAGACUUUAGCUAACAGCAAUAGCAACAGCAAUCCAUGUGCUGAAGGCCUAACCCCAUUGGCCAGUCACUAUCUCUAUGGAAGUAAAUCGUCGUUGGACCAACAGCAUCCUAGCGACUGGGAGCCACGAGAGCAACGGAAACUGCGGUUACGUGAGGAGCGAGGACGUGAUAGAGAACGCGAACGUGAGCGGGACCACUUGUUGCUAGAACAACAACAGCAACAACAGCAACAACAACAACAACAACAACAGCAGCAACAGCAACAACAACAAUUGCAAUUGCAGGAUGGAAUGCAUGGGACACGGGAUAAUCAUUUAAACCGCAAACGUCAUGGAAUCAUUGGACAUGGGCCCGAAAAUCGAGAGCAUAGAGAACCACGAGACCAUCGAGGCCUGGUCAAUGGCAGUGCCAAUGAGACAGUCUAUAAAGCCCCAGAGGAGGGCGAAAGCUGGCAACAUCUGCGCGUAACAACCGAAACGAAUUCAAUUGUGGCAGAGGAAAACAAAUUGCAGAAUCUACAAAACGCAAAGAUUCCAGAUAAGAUACAACCACAAGGACCCAUUUUACAGCAGCAAACGCGACGAUUGCUCGAGCACAAAUUAGACGCCUGGCAAAUGGAACGCAACUACACGCUGGCCGUGGAGUCGCGACAUGGCAUUAUAGAAUACGAAGGCUCUCCAAGGCGUAUUGGAGUAGCAGCCAGCAGCAGCAGCAGCAAUAAUGUGACUGCAGUAACGGACGAAAGCGAACCACCUGCAUCAGCACCACCACCACAAACACUCUUACAACAACAACAACAACAACAACAAACAGCAGCUCCAUCGGCAGCAGCAACAUCCGGACCCCAAUUGCCCAUGGCUGCCAUAAUGCCCAUGAGCACAAGUUCAUUACAGAAAACAGCCGCUAGAGCAGCUCUUUCCGCUUUGGCCCAAACACAGCUAGCAACAUCAGCAACAACACAUCAACUGCAACAACAACAGCAACAACAACAACAACAGCUUUUACCACAAUCCUAUCCUGUACGACCAGGAUUUCCACAGAGGAUUAUUUCACCGCCACGUGAACCACGCAGCGGUUCACCGACGCAACAGCAACAGCAACCCCACUAUACCAAUAACAGCAGCAACCACAGUAAACAGCAACCGACUAGUAGCGAUACAAAUGCCGAGGAUACCAGCAAUGAUGUCUCCGAAAUUGGCACCAUAUCCGAUUUGACCACACCCGAGGCUGUGGCUAUUGCAGCCAGCAACGAGGUGAACACGCCCCCGCCUACAGCAGCAGCGGCAACUGCAGCGCCAACUGCAGCGCCAACUGCAGCGCCACCACCGAUUGUAGCCAGCAGCAGCAACAGUUCAGCAGUAUUAGCAACUGGUCAGGCAGCAACAUCGUGUGGACCUUCUGGUUCUGGUCCUUUGGGUUUACAUACAAAAUCCUCAACUUUUGAUUAUCUCUAUGAAUUCUCCGAGACACGUAAAGUUCUGGAGGAGUUCUUUAAAUGUCCCUCCACCGAUGAGCAACCCAUUAUGGAGAAUGGCAGCGAUGUGGAUAGUAUAGAUAUACAAUAUGAGUUUCAUAGCAAUUUUGAGCAGGAUGAAGAGGAACUGGACGAGGAUGAUGAAGAAGAUGAUGAGGAGAAUGAUGAAGCCGAGGAUGAUGAUGAGCCCAUCGAACAGGAUUACCGGCAACAGCAACAGCAACAGCAGCAAUUGCCAUCCACAUCGAUUCUCAGUUCAGAACGUCAUAUCUAUGGUGGUAGUGGCUACACUCCACAGCGUCCCACACAGCAGCCGCAACAGCAGCAGGUGGCCCAACGUCGCCACUAUAGCGGAAGUCCGUUGAUGCGUGACUUUGAUUUUUUCCUGGAUUCAGCCAGUCGGAGUAGCGGUGAGCGAGAUUGCGAUCAGGAUGGUCUCAAUCACAAUCAGCUAUUGAGCACCGGCAGUGGGAGUGCCAUGGGCCAAAGUCUGGGGGGCAAUCAGAGUGUGGGUGGAGGUCUAACAGGACAGCACAAUUAUCGUUAUUCGCCAGAGACCACCGACUACGAUUCCAAUUGCGGCGAUCUGGAUAGCCUCUCUGGAGAAAUGAAUGGCGGUGGUGUAUCCACUUCCUGUUCGAAUUAUGCCAAGUAUUAUGCAUCGGCUAUGCCUGUGCUUGAGGAUGGCUUAUCUUCGGGUCACACCAGCGACACGGAGAACAACAAUAACAAGAAUCUACAGCAGAUGGCAUUGAAUCAGGCCAAUUUAAGUGCCAGCACCAGUAUCGGUGGCAGUGGCGGCAUUUCCAUGCUAAUGGACAUGAAACGCAUCUCCACCAACAACAGCUUGAAUAGCAUGCACAAUUUGACCACCUCAACAACGGAAAGCAAUGGCAUUGGUGGUCUCGCUGGCAUUGCUGGUCUUGUCCAAGCCAGUCCCAGCAAUGGUCUAUCGAAACAGGCCACGAAUACAUCUGUGGGAUUGCCACAACAACGUGAACUCCUUGGCCAGAGUCCGAGCAAUAAUAGCAAUAAUAAAGUGUUCAAGAACAUUGAUCCGGAAUUGGAUUCGCUAUAUUCGAUCAGCGUCUUCCAUAGGCCGGAUAUGGUGCAGAUGACACCACCGCCGCCAGCACCGGCGCCUCAUCGUAAACCGAAUAGUAGUGCCGAUGUCGAUUUACUUCAACCGAGCAACAAGCAUACAACAUUGGCAGCCGCCAUUAGCUCCACACUGCAACGUAGCUCGCCGACAACCUCAAAGGCACGCAACGCAAUGAUGACCACCACGAAUACGACGACCACCGCCAGCACAAGUAAUUGCAGUGGUCCACCUCCGCCCAUACCGGAACGGAGUAGCAUGAUGUCUGCGACGGCCGCAUCAUCUGUAUCCGCAUCUGUAUCCGCAUCCGUAUCAGCUUCCGUGUCGGCAUCGACCAUGGGUCAAACCGGGCAGCGAUCGCCGUCACCCACACUGAACUCACCUGUGUGGCUGUCGCGUCAUUUGGAUGGCGGUGCUGGCAAAGGACUCCUAGAAUCCUCAUCCGACAACCAUUCGAAGAACAACAGUGCCGACGAAGAUGAGGUCGAUACCGACUUGGAGACGGACCGCCUGCUGGGCCAUCAGCGACUGGACGAUCAGGGCUAUUACGAUGAGAACAAGAGCUGGGAUCGCAAGCCGCGCUCGUCUCUCCUCUCGAAAAUCUCACCCAAGCAACAGCAAGUGCCGAGUACCAAGACACGUAAUGGCUACAAUGCCUUGCUAAGUUCCACGCCCGAAUUGCCACCGCCAAUACCGCCAAAAAUGUCUUCGUCGUCAGUUGGUAAUGUUGGUGGCCCGGUUGGCGGAGUCGGAGUCGGAACUGGUAGCAAACUGCUCGAUUUGGUGGCCAGCGGAGUGGUGGGACAACGGAGUGUGUCGCGUAGCUCAUCGGAGCAUAGCGAAAAGUCACCAAUCAAAGCAUUGGACAUUUGUUCAAGUGCUGUGGAUGUUGUGGCCUCCACUGUCUUGGGUAGUCCUGUGGGCAAUGGCGGCGGCGGCGGAUCGGAGCGUUCUGUUAGCAAAAUGGAUCUCGACAAUGGAAGUCUCAAUGGCGGCAGCAUUGGAGUUGGCGUCGGUGGAUCUGGUUCUGGUGUUAUCACAUCGGUCACAGGAGCUAACAGUGGCAUCGGAUUGGUUGGUGCUGGUGUUAUGGGAGGCACUGGAGGCGUAGGCGUAGGCGUUACAAAUACAACUGCCAUCACCAACAACAACAACAACAGCGGCAGCGGCAGCGGACCAGCCAGCAACAGCAACAGCGGCGAGAAAAAAGUGAAAAAGAGUAAGAGCAAAGAAGGCGGAGCAGUGCUCAUCGAGGGAGUCCUAUUCCGGGCCAAAUACUUGGGCUCCACGCAGCUGGUCUGCGAGGGUCAGCCCACCAAGUCGACCAGGAUGAUGCAGGCCGAGGAAGCGGUUUCCCGCAUUAAGGCCCUGGCACCCGAUGGUGAUGUCCAGCCCAGCACAGAGGUGGAUCUGUUCAUAUCGACGGAGAAGAUAAUGGUACUGAAUACCGAUCUCAAGGAAAUAAUGAUGGAUCAUGCCUUGAGGACAAUCUCUUAUAUAGCGGAUAUUGGUGAUUUAGUUGUCCUGAUGGCACGUCGUCGAUUUGUGCCCCAAGAUAUUGAUGAUGCACCCAAACCGAAUCGUACACCAAAAAUGAUUUGUCAUGUAUUCGAGAGCGAUGAGGCUCAGUUUAUAGCCCAAUCGAUUGGUCAAGCCUUUCAGGUUGCCUACAUGGAGUUCCUCAAAGCCAAUGGCAUUGAGGAUCAUCGCUUUGUUAAGGAAAUGGACUAUCAGGAGGUGCUCAAUAGCCAAGAGAUAUUCGGUGAUGAAUUGGAAAUCUUUGCCAAAAAGGAGCUGCAAAAGGAGGUUGUGGUACCGAAAGCUAAAGGCGAAAUACUGGGCGUGGUUAUUGUCGAAAGCGGUUGGGGCUCAAUGCUACCCACCGUGGUCAUUGCGAAUCUAAUGAGCUCCGGUGCUGCCGCCCGUUGCGGCCAAUUGAAUAUCGGUGAUCAAUUGAUUGCCAUCAAUGGACUGAGCCUUGUGGGAUUGCCGUUAUCCACCUGCCAGACAUACAUUAAGAAUACAAAAAACCAAACAGUGGUCAAAUUCACCGUAGUCCCCUGUGCCCCAGUUGUCGAGGUGAAAAUCAAACGUCCAGAAACCAAAUAUCAAUUGGGCUUCAGCGUUCAGAAUGGAGUGAUUUGCAGUUUGCUGCGCGGUGGAAUUGCCGAGCGGGGGGGUGUACGUGUGGGCCAUCGCAUUAUUGAGAUUAAUAACCAAAGCGUGGUAGCUGUGCCCCAUGAAAAGAUCGUCAAUUUGUUGGCCACAUCCGUGGGUGAGAUACUGAUGAAGACAAUGCCCACAUCAAUGUUCCGCCUGCUCACUGGACAGGAGAAUCCCAUAUAUAUUUAAGCCAGUUGUUAACUAACACACAAAAUAUAUAUGUAUACAAUAUAUAAUGGACAUGUA